UAAUAAUAGAUAAUAAUUUGAUAUGAUUUUCAAUUUUUAUCAUACAAUAAGUUAUAAUAUUUAUUUAGUGGCAUUGACUAUUUGAACCCAUUGGUCAUUACCCAAUACCCAUUUGGCAUUUUGGCAUGUUCUAAAAUUUGUACAUGAGAAAUUAAGCUUAGUCGUUUGACUUCUCUGUUGCUCUGUGUCAUGUGGUAUUGGUUAAUACAAAAAUAUUAAAUUUAUAUUAUUUUGAAAUUAUAAAUUAUAAUAAAUAGGUGACUUACAUUUUAAUUAUGUCAACCAUCAACGAUGAAAAAAUUGAUUUAGGUAAAACUGAAACAUUGGUGUAUUCGGUAGAAGUACAAAAAGCAAUAGAUGAGAUAUUGCCAAGUGAUGAUCCUCUAGAUAAACCAGAUUUUGACACAAUAGACUACAUCAACAAUCUGUUUCCUACAGAACAGUCGCUUACCAAUAUUGAUGAUGUUAUUAAUUCGUUAGAAUGUAAAGUAGACUCCAUAGAUAAUGAUAUUCGAUCAGUUAUUAGAGGACAAAUUGAAGUUAACAAGGAUGGUAAGGCUGAACUUGAAGAAGCCCAACGUUAUAUCAAACACCUUUUCAGUCAGAUUAGAGAGAUUAAACAGAAAGCUGAACAUAGCGAGGAAAUUGUUAAAGAAAUAACGUUAGAUAUUAAACAAUUAGAUUGUGCCAAAAAGAAUCUCACUACUUCUAUUACAACACUAAAUAAUCUGCAUAUGCUUGUUUCUGGUAUUGAGUCACUGAGAGGUUUGACUACAAAACGUAAAUAUGGAGAAAUUGUGAUGCCUUUACAAGGUGUAACUGAUGUUAUGAAACAUUUCAAGAAUUACACAGAUAUACCACAUAUUGCUCAGUUAUCUACUGAAGUAAAACAACUACAAACGUCAUUAGCAACACAAAUAAUGGCUGAUUUUCGUGAGGCAUUUUCAGGACCAAAUGCAAAGAAUUUUAUACCUAACAGACAAAUGACUGAAGCAUGUUUAGUUGUUUCAAUCCUAGAGCCAAAAGUCAAAGAUGAAUUAUUAGAAUGGUUUAUAGAUCUUCAACUCUCUGAGUAUACACAUUUAUUUGAUAGUACAGAAGAUGUAGCCUGGUUAGACAAGCUCAACCAACGAUAUGCUUGGUUUAAACGACAACUUUUACAAUGUGAAGAAAAAUUUAGGGCUAUGUUUCCUGUUCAGUGGGAGUUGUCUGAAAGAAUUGCAGUUGAAUUUUGUAAAAUCACUAAGAAUGAACUGUCUAAACUGAUGGUUAAACGAAAAAACGAGAUUGAUGUCAAGCUUCUACUAUACGCAAUUCAAAAAACUGUUGCAUUUGAAAAUUUGAUGGCAAAAACUUUUAAUGGCAAUACUAUUGUUCAAAAUCAUGAAAAAUCAUUGAACAAUAUAACUAAACAAUCGAUAAUUAACACUGAAACUGAAGAUAUCCUUCAACCAUUUUCAGAAGAAUUACAAGUAUCUGAUGUGUUGGAAAAUAUGCCAUCGCUAACAGAAAAAAAUGAACCAAAACAAAAUUCAUCUCCAUUUUAUGGUUUAAUAAGUGAUUGUUUUCAACCAUUUCUCUAUAUUUAUAUUGAUAGUGUAGAUAAAAAUCUGUCUGAACUGAUUGAGCGUUUUGUAAGUGACAAUAAGAUAACAUUAGCAAAAGAAAAUAUUGAUGAUCAAACAGCUAGUGUUCUACCAAAUUGUGCUGACUUAUUUUUAUUUUAUAAGAAGUCACUAGUACAAUGUACUGAACUCAGUAAUCAUAACCCAAUGCUUGCAUUAGCAACUGUAUUUCAAAAAUAUUUAAAAGAAUAUGCAACUAAAAUACUAGAAGUCAACCUUCCAAAAAUAAGUCAUCCCGCUACUUCUCUAACUACAAAUGUCUCAAAUAUGACCAAAGACCUAAUUAAGGAUUUACAACUUCUUCCAAGUGGGAUGACUGAAACUAAUGUUAAAAAUAUAAAUUGUACACCACAAGAAUUAGCUAAAAUAUGCUGUAUACUAACAACUGCCGAUUAUUGUAUGGAAACAACACAACAGUUAGAAGAAAAAUUAAAAGAAAAAAUUGACCCUUCCUUAGUCGGAAAAAUUAGUAUGAUCAAUGAAAAUGAUUUAUUUCAAAACAUUAUUUUUAUGUCUAUUAAUCUUUUGGUUCAACAUCUAGAAGCUGAUUUGGAACCUGCAUUAAAUAAUAUGACCAAAGUUCCUUGGCAAAAUAUUACAGCAGUUGGUGAUCAAAGUGAAUAUGUUUCAAUUAUGACCACACAUUUAAGAGCCGUUGUUCCUAUUGUUCGAAAAUAUUUAUCAACAUCCAGAAAAUAUUUUACAAAGUUUUGUAUUACUUUUGCCAAUUCUUUCAUACCUAAAUUUAUACAACAUUUGUAUAAGUGCAAGCCGUUAUCUAAUAUUGGUGCUGAACAAUUAUUGUUGGAUACACAUUCACUAAAAACAAUUUUAUUAGAUUUGCCAUCGAUGAACCUUGAUGAUAACCGUAAAGCUCCUGCCAGUUAUACAAAGGUUGUAGUAAAAGGAAUGACAAAAGCAGAAAUGAUUUUGAAAUUAGUAAUGGCUCCGACUAUAAAACAUUAUACAUCUUUUGUUGAUCAAUAUUUAAAACUAUUACCAGAAUCUGAUAUGACAGAAUUUCAGAAAAUAUUGGAGAUGAAGGGUUUAAAAGCAGCUGAACGAAAUGAGCUUUUAAAUAUUUUUAGACCUAGAAAUCCAACUGGUAGUUUUGUUACAAGUACAGCUGCAUUGUCUAGUUUGAAACAAUAUACUAGUCGCAUAAAAAAAAAUUUGAUAUCUAAUUCUAGCAAUAAUUAGUCUUUUGUAUGUUGGAUGUAAAAAUAUUUUUGUACAUUCCAUAUCUAUAUAUAUUUAUUUAUAUUCCUUUUUACAGUAUUUAUAAAUUAUAUUUUACA